CUCAUUUCCUGACGCACUGAGUCACACAGAGACAUCGCAUUUGGUCCUGGGAGCUAGCUGCUAGCUACUCGGUGUACUCCUGGAGCGAGAAGGAGACGCCCUCUCCCUCUCUCUUCCACCUUGCUCCAUUUGGGGAGAAGAGAGAUUCAGCUCAGCGAAAGGAAGAGGAACUGAAGGGGAGGUACACCGAGAUGGAGCAUAUAGCGAGGUUCUUCUUCGGAGUUUCAGGGAAUGUCAUUGCGCUCUUCCUCUUCCUGUCGCCUGUCGUCACCUUCUGGAGGAUCAUCAGGAAGAGAUCAACGGAGGACUUCUCCGGCGUGCCCUACAACAUGACGCUGCUCAACUGCCUCCUAUCAGCUUGGUACGGGCUGCCGUUCGUGUCCCCGAACAACAUCCUGGUGACGACGAUCAACGGGACGGGGUCGGCGAUCGAGGUCAUCUACGUGGUCAUCUUCCUCAUCUUCGCGGAGCGGAGGACCAGGCUCCGGAUGCUGGGCCUCCUGGGCAUCGUCACCUCCAUCUUCACCACGGUGGUGCUGGUCUCGCUGCUGGCCCUGCACGGCAACGGCCGCAAGGUCUUCUGCGGCCUCGCCGCCACCAUCUUCUCCAUCUGCAUGUACGCCUCGCCGCUCUCCAUCAUGAGGUUGGUGAUCAAGACGAAGAGCGUGGAGUUCAUGCCGUUCCUGCUCUCCCUGUCCGUGUUCCUUUGCGGCACAUCCUGGUUCAUCUACGGUCUCCUCGGCCGCGACCCCUUCAUCGCGAUCCCGAACGGGUGCGGGAGCUUCCUGGGCUUGAUGCAGCUGAUCCUGUACGCCAUCUACCGGAACCACAAGGGCACCACCGCGUCGGCCGGCAAGGGAGAGGCCGCCGCAGCGGAGUUGGACGACGAGAAGAAGGCGGCCGCCGCGGUGGAGCUGGCCGACGCCAAGACCAACAAGGUCGCCGACAAGUCGGCGGACGAAAAGGUCGCCAGCCCGGUGUAGGCUGCUGCACUGAAGCAAUCAAGGCUUGCUGGUUGGGGGAAGAUGUUUUCAAGCAGAUUUAAAUGAAUUAGUUCUUGAUGAAGCAGAUUGCUGUUGCUUUCUUUGCCUUACGUUGUCGCUCUGAUCUCGAUCUCUUACCAGAGGCCGCCCUAAAAUGUGCUUCUGCUAGAGCUAUGAUAUAGUGUGUUUGCAAGUUGUCUCUUUGCAAGUGUGAAUUUUUUUGUUCCAUGUUCUC